AUUUCCUUAUUUUAUUGUACAGUUUUAAAUGGAUAAACAUUGGAAUUAGUUUGCAUUACAUGUGAGCCUUAAAACGUGGAUUUUUUUCAGUGAAAUUCUGCUCCCUGGUGCACAAUUCAGUGUCAUAUGAUUGAUUAAUAUACAGUAUAUCUAGUGUAGACCUUGUAUAAAAAUGAUUUACAUACAGUGGAUGACACAGUACAUGUUAACUCCACAUGCCCCCCCACAAGUUGACUUCAUAAUUAUGUCCUAAAACAUACUUUUUAGACAGGAAAAACUCAGUUUUGAGUAUUAGCCAAAGAUUAGCCUACUUGUUGAGCUUCCAGAAGAGUACGCGGGAGAAGGGGCCUUUUAAGGGGUUUACAAAACUUCCAGUUGGCUGAGUUCCACUGAAAUCAACAGCAGGACAUUAUUUGUGGACAGGGCCUCAAUCCAGUUUUUCAUUUUUUUUCUCCUGAGAAAUACCAGAAAGCACAAGGUCUGUGAACACCACACUCUGUGGUUGUUGUUUUUUUAAAGCUGGAAACUCCUCCCUUAUAGCAUGUGAGAGGGGAAAAGGUUCAAUCAACAGCAUGUCUCCCCCCACUAUGUGUUUACCAAGCACGGGUUGAGCUCCCUGAAUGGAAGUUGGCAAUACCUCCGGCUAAAUCGGGCAGGUUCAGCACGAGGCUGCACAAUGACAGAUUGGGAUUAUGACUUUCUGAUCAAGCUCCUGUCGUUAGGGGAUUCUGGAGUAGGGAAGACCACAUUCCUCUACAGGUACACAGACAACAAGUUCAACCACAAGUUCACCACCACAGUGGGAAUAGACUUCAGGGAAAAGAGAGUGACGUAUUUGGGGACUGGCUCUGAUGGAACGACAGAGAAGACUUUUAAAGUGCACUUACAGCUCUGGGACACAGCAGGGCAGGAGAGGUUCAGAAGUCUCACCACAGCCUUCUUCAGAGACGCCAUGGGCUUCCUGCUCAUGUUUGAUCUAACCAAUCAGCAGAGUUUUCUGAAUGUCAGGAACUGGAUGAGUCAGCUGCAGGCAAAUGCCUAUUGUGACAGUCCAGACAUAGUAUUAGUUGGCACCAAAGCAGACCUUAAUGACCUGAGAGAUGUACAAGGAAAACAAGCCAGAGACCUGGCGGACAGAUAUGGUAUCCCCUACUUUGAGACGAGUAGUGCCACAGGGGCUGAGGUGGACCAGGCAGUGACCACUCUGCUGGAUCUGGUGAUGAGACGCAUGGAGCAGAGCACAGAGGGGCCUGCGUCAGAGGCUGCCAAUGGGAGUGCUGCCACUAACGACCAGGCUGAAACCUCCACCAGCAGGAGGUGUGCCUGUUAGGAUGUAGGGAUGUCCAUCCAUUCAAAUGUGUCACUAUUGCAUCAGGGGAGUAUUAUUACAUUAGAAAGUUCAAUUAUCCCAUACAGUAUUUAUAGGAAGUGUAUUAUCCUCUUAUGCAUUAAUGUGUGUUUGUCUGGAUUGAUAACUGCCGCACUGUCAAGCUAUUUAUUCCCAACCUGGUCAUCAUUACCUGCUGAGUCUGUACAUGUACUGUAUGUUAAUGAUAUGAAACGAGCAAAAGAACACACAAUCUAAUACUGUAAAAUGAUUCAAAGUAAAUGAAAGCACCAUGUGUAUGUACAUCUCAAACUGAUAUUUGCAAUAUGACUAUGCUUUUUGUGAUUCUAAAUAGGUAAAUACUAAUUGGAAGUGUUUAAAAAAGGUUGUAUAUCAGAGAUUUUUUUUUAUUUUUAUUUUAUUUCACAGAUUGAAGCAUUGAUGGAAGGAAAAUACAGGCACAUACAUUUAUCAUUGACAAUAUAUAAUCCUAACAAAUUAUGCAACAACUCAUUAACAAUCAUGGUUAUUUCCUUAUAUGCGAAUGAGAAAAUGUAUUAUUCUGUUUCACAAACCGAGAUAGCAAAGUGCAUUACAGGAUCCAUGAGUUCUAUAUGACAAGGAGCACAUUUGGUGUUUAGCUUGACUAUUAGUGGAACAAAAUUGUCAUGCACAUUGAAUAAAGUAUAGAAAAUGUUUAGAGCCCAUACAUACUGUUAACCCAGACAAAAAUUAUUUGAAUAUGUUUUAAUACGAAGUCUUCAGAGUAAAUGCAGUCAUUUUAAAUAAAGUUAAUGUCCGUUUUACCAAU